GAAAGCUAUGUGUCACGUGACGCAAAAAGGAUACAUGUUUUUAAAGGCAAAGUACAGUUGCAUUUUCCCGUAUCCAAACAGAAGCAAAGAGAGUAGAGGGUCGUCGUGACUGAGUUUUCACAACAGGGAGAAAAUAGACUGCAAGAAUAUUGUACCUGACAAUGAAUGCAGAUAAUCAUUACACAAAAGGUGUUGUUUCAACCGUUAUCACAAGACAGCCAAUGGAAUUGAGUACUGUAGAAUCUGAUUUCCGGAAUGCUUACGCUGCCCGUAUAUUGCAACCAGACCGGCGGGAGAAUGCAGACUGGGCCUACGUUUUUGGAUUUUUGACAUGUUUCUGCUGCAAUAUACCUGGUGGUCUUCUCGCAUUGUACCUUGCAACUCAAGCAAGCAAUAAAUUUGAAGAAAUGAAUUAUGACAAAGGAAUUUGGUUUCGAAAAUUGUCAUAUCUCUUAAGCUUUAUUUCACUUUUGCUUGGGAUCACAACCCUAGUUCUGAUAUUCACCGGAACGAUACAUGUGCCAGUACUUUGAAUUCAAUAUAUUUAUUGAACUGAGGGUCAUUUUUUUCUUAUAUCAAUACUAAAAUAAUUGUGUUAUAAUGCAUGAUUUUACAAUUUAAAAAAUAAAAAAAUAUAAAGUCUCUUUGCUGAGCAUUCAUAAUACCUUACUUUAACAAAAAGCCAAGGGGUCUCAUCAGUCACCUGAGUGAACUUUACCAUAACUCUGAUCCAAGUAUCUAAUUCUGACCAAAGUACUUGUCUAACGUAAAAUAUUGUUGUUUUAGUGGUUAUUGGGUCUACAAUUAAGACUCAAGAUGCUUUGAUCAUAACUAUAUUACAGAUUGUAGCAUUACAAUUUUUCAUUAAAACAUACAGCAGAGAUAAAUAGACUGACAUCGUAUAUGGACGUCCCUGGCUUUGCUACUUGCACUUUUGUUUGUAUAUGCAUUUUA